ACUCGGUGUACCGCGUUAACGAAUUAAAGGUUUCACUUUUUAGUCGUCGACUGUCCGUCAACUACCCUCAAACCGUGUUAUGACAAAAAUCAUGAUUAUCUGAAACCGCUGAAUUCGUUCGAUGCCUGGCAGUUAAAAAGAUUAGAUAAAGAAAGGGAAACCUACAUUGAGCUGUAAUUUGGAGCUGCUAUUGUUGACUCGUGAGAAAGAAAAAGGGAAACGUAACUUCAGCUACGCCAGAUAUAAGACAGGUAUAAUACAUGCGGUAAAACAAGUCGCUGACGAGGAAAUUUGAAAGGACUUUAUGGUGCGAUAAAACCAAUAAUCUGACACUGUAUGGCUUCAGGAAGUGGACCUUCCUGUAAGGACCAUCCUGUGGAACUUGCUAAAUUCUUGUGCCAAACCUGUAACGAUGUUGUGUGUAGAAACUGUGUUGUUAGAGAAGGUCACAGAAACCACAAGUACAUGUCCAUUCAAAAUGCAAGUACUAAGGAGAGGGAAGCAGUCCAACAAAUCCUUGAAGACACAAAGAAGAAACUAUCUGGUCUUCAUAAUUCAAUUCUCUGGGUGUCAGAAGUGAAGAAGCAAGUAGAGAUGAGGGCCUUGGAGUCAGAAAGAGAGAUUGAUUACCUCAUCAAUGAAAACAUAGCAACCUUGGAACGUAAACGAGCUCAGUUGAAGAGUGAUAUUACUGUGUUGCGUGAUAAAAAAGUCCAGCAGCUUCUAAAUCAAAAGGAGACAUUGAGUCUUGCUUUUGAGGAAAUCAGCAGAGGAGUGGAACAUGCUGAACAUGCUCUUAGCCAAAUGUCUGAUGUGGAGUUACUAACCAGCAGGAGUAAGCUGUCUGGUCUACCUGAUUUCAAAGAGGUUGCCUUGCAAUGGGAGCCAUGUCACACCAGUAAUUUUGGCAUAGAGGUGGAUAAAUCCUUGGCGGUUGACCUCAUUGUCGACAAGAUAGCUUGUGUUAGGGACAAGGAUAGUAGUCAACAGCAUGAUCAGUAUAUUCUCAGCAUGCUUGGAGGGAAGAAUGGACAGAUGUUUUCUUCCAGAUGUCAUCAGAAUGCCUUUUUCAUUGUAUCCAUCAAGGAUAGCCAAGGAAGGGAUAAAAAAGUUGGAGUAAACCAGGUUAAGGUGAAGAUAAAACCACCAGGAGACGAUGAGUUGCAGAAUGCCAUCAUGGGAAGUAAAGCUGAAAGUCACACCUUCUCUUAUUGCCCUAGUGUGAUGGGAACCCACACUAUACAUGUGUAUGUGGCUGGUUAUUGCAUCACUGAUGAACCAGUUAAGUGGAAGGUGGAAUCUUCAUUCUACAUUCUUGAUCCAACAUGUGCCACUCUCCCACCUGAGGUUUAUGACCAGGACAAGGAGUCCAUGACUGGAUAUUGGUUCAAAUGUGGUUGGCAUUCCUGGCAAGUGCGAAUUCUUACGCCCGACAAGCUCAAAAGAUCUUCUGAACACCAUGCCUUUGAAGUGGGGGUCACCGAUGGUCAUCGUACUUGGCGCUGGAGUGAUGGUAUGAAGUACUACCCAAAUUCUUCAGCAAUUGUUAGCACAAUCAGCAACUGGCAGAGUGGGGAUUUGUUCUUGUUUUACCUUGAUUUGGACUCGAAACAACUUGUGAUCUACAAUCAACGUUCACAUGAGAUGGAUCAUUGGGGGGGAAUACAUCCUCCCAUUCGCCCCUACAUCAACCCACAGUCAGCUGACUUCUUUGGAUUAAACUGAAUCAAUCUGAUUUAUAAGAGAGCAUGCAUGCAUGCAUUCAUGUCUCAAGAAAUGAACUCAUUUCCUUAAAAAAAACCUCAUGCAUCACAGAUUGACUCAGAGAAAGUCAGCCUGCCAGGUACAUGGUAAUGAUAAUGAAUUAUGAUUUUCAUUUACUGUUAGUAUUGAUUUAAUACCAGGAUUAACUAAUAUGUGUUGAGUCAUGUAGUAGCUAUGAUUAAAUAUAAAUUGAAGUCAAAGUCCCAGAAAAUUUACAGGGACUUUCAAGAAACAUCUGGCCCCAGGAAUCAGUUGUAAACCCUUUGACAGGGUAUUGGUUCAAACAUGGUUGGCAUUUCCCCUCAGUCUAUUAACUUUGAAUGUGUUAACCACUGGCCUGGCCAAUUUGUCUCUUUCCCCAUAGGUCAACUAAUCAUUACAAUCAUUAUUAAUAUAUGUCAUAAUAUUAAUAUCAUAAUAUAUAAUGUGAUGAGGUGUUGUCAGCAAAACCAAUGGAACAGUGUCAAAUAAGCUUUAAAUGAUUCUAAUUUAUUUUACUGUUACAGUGAUAACUGAAUAGAUCAAUGCCUACAUGUCAAACAGGUAGUAGUGCACCAUUUUAAACCUUAUCUUGUAUUCAUUUGUUGGUAAGAAACCUUUUUGAGUAAGCUACCUUUUUGAGAAAUUUAUGCAGUGAGGAGAUCAUUUUGGAAGCUUAUACAUGUUUUUUUUUUAUGUCCUGUUAACUUAAUGUUUAAACCUUGACUGGGAAGUCUUUUGUGGAAAUCACAUUUAGUGCCUGUUAAAGGACUGUAAGUUUUCAUUUCUAUCCUAUGCCUAGGUUUCAUGACUUAAUUCAUAUAAAAAAGAAAGCUCUUAAGAGUCUGCUGGUAACUUAGGAGUGUCUGCUUGAUAGAAAAAAGUAAAUGCAAGUGUGAAAGAGUGAUGGUAAAGUUUUGCAGAAUAUAACCAUUAAAAAGUGAUGGAUCUGUGAGAUCCAGUAAAGUGGCAA